CUGAGAAUGAUGUAUGUCAAACUUGACGGGUCCGUUGCCUCUCACUGUUCCAAACUCCCCCAGGCAAUGUAAAAGCAGUCCGAGAAGUUCCAAACGAACACACCUAGCAGACGCUUUUACAGUUGUUGGUACCGACACGUUCAUUGGUCUAUGCAAGCAUACGAUAAUCUAUAAACCAAUGAAAAUCAACGUGUUAUUUCGGUUUCAUUCAUCUUGCAGCAUGGCUACGUACAGAUACUUGUCACCAGAGAUUCUGUCUGGUUUUGAUCGAUAUAAGUAUAGUUCCAUUGAUACCAGUCCGAUCAGCAAGUAUAUCACACACCCAUUCUGGGAUAAGCUUGUUCAGCUUUAUCCAAGAUGGCUAGCACCAAAUGUGUUAACACUGGCUGGGUUCUCUCUUCUUGUUGUUUCCUUUAUUGUGCUGACAAUAAUUGACCCCCACUUCAACGCGGCCAGUCCGGACCAGCCUGGGGUGCCUUACUGGGUGUGGCUAUUGUGUAGCUUCAAUGUAUUUUGGUCUCACACAUUAGAUGGUACAGAUGGGAAGCAGGCCAGGAGGACAGGAAGUAGCUCCCCUCUUGGCGAGUUAUUUGAUCAUGGACUGGACAGCUGGGCUACACUCUUCUUUCCCAUCAAUAUGUACUCUAUUUACGGGCGUGGCGAGUUUGGAGUGGAGGUAUAUAGGGUCUACUUCGUCAUGAUUGGUAUCAUGUUCUGUUUUAUUCUGUCCCAUUGGGAGAAGUACAACACUGGGAUCCUGUUUCUACCGUGGGGCUACGAUCUCAGCCAGAUAGGAAUGGCACUUCUGUUCCUGGUAGCUUACUUUGGUGGGCAUGAAAUGUGGCGAUUCAAACUACCAUUCGCAGACUUGUAUUGUGCAGAGGGCUUAGAAAUAAUAAUGCACUUAGGAACUAUUCUUUUAACAGUCCCGCCAACUCUGUGGAAUAUAUAUGUUGCUUCAAGAGACGGAACAGGGAAAAAACGGACCCUUUGGGAAGCCAUGCGCCCCCUGGUGGGAACUUUAGUACUCUUCGGCCUCAUGAUCAUAUGGGCAAAGUACUCUAGUGUUGAAAUUAUUCAACAGCAGCCACGUCUGUUUUACUUCCUCACAGGAACCCUAUUUUCCAAUAUAGCUUGUCGCCUCAUCAUUAGUCAGAUGAGUGAUACUCGCUGUGAGUUGCUGAACUGGAUGUUAUACCCCCUGGCUGCUCUAGUGGCGGUGGUCUUACUGACACAGCCAGGCUUUAUAGAGGUUGCCAUACUCUGGAUCUUCACCAUUUUCACCACCGUGGCUCACAUCCAUUUCGGUGUCAGUGUGGUUAAGGAGAUGUGUGAGCACUUUAACAUUUCUGCUUUUACUAUUAAGAAGAAAGACUGAGAGGAUGGUAGGACACACAGCUUGUGUUUUACUGGGGGCCACAUUAAGGACGUACCCAUUCUCUAUAGCUCUACUCUCUCCUUGCAGAUGACAUGACCCUAAUAACCUUUUAUAAUAUAAUUAAAGCAAAAACCUUCCAAAAGCAUUAUUACCAGGUACUAGCUUCAUGUUAAACAUUAAAUGUUUGGUUAACACUUGUUAUUUAAGGGAACUUUAUAUCCAUACACGAGAACUCAAUCACUGCUUCAUUGAAGCCGCAAUGUUUUGACCGCUGGGGCAAAACACACUUUAUUGCUUGGAAAUCUCAUGUGAUCUUACCAUUCUUAAAUUGUGUCUUGUCCUUGGAUCAUAAUGGUGAAAAAGAACAUUUUAUUUAUCUCAAAGAAAUAAGAGAAAACAAAACCUGUUCCUCCCACAGUUUAUUUCCUUUUCUUUAUCAGCACUAGAAUUUUUACAAUAUAUUUUUUUAAUAAAAACAUCAAACUUUUAAAAAUGGAAUGGGUACUUCUUUAAGAAGUGAGAUGAAGGAAGAAAGAUUUAAAGAGAAAGGAAGACUGUGGGAUUGAAGAGAGAUGAGGUGGACUGAAGGAUUUGAGAAGAGAGGAAGUAGGAUUUGAGGAGAGAUGAAGUCGGCAGUAGGAUUUAAAGAAAGCUGUUGAUUGUAGGAUUGGAGAAGAGAUGAAUUUGACAGUAGGAUUUGAAGAGAGAUGUUUACUGCAGGAUUAAUUGGCGGAGAGAUGAAGUUGACCGUAGGAUUUGAAGGGAGAUGUUGACUGUAGAAUUAGAGGAGAGAGUUGACAAACAGUAAGAGAGAUAAGUGAACAAUAAGAUUACAACUGUUUUGCUGUUCAUUGAAGUGUAUCUCACUUUGUUUUAUCACAUGACGCUUUUUGUUUCCACAAAUGAGUACUCAGGGGUUUUGCCAGCUAUUUUGGGAAAGGGCCCCUCAGAGCAGGAAUUGGGAAAAUAUCAUCAGCAGUUGGCAAAAAAUGCGUUCCAACAGGUUUGGGAAAAUGUCAUAAGUUUGGAAAAUAUAAAACCUGCGAUGUGAUAAGCAAAAGGUUUUCGUUCAAUUAUUUAAUUUGAAAGCCCAUUCAUGAACAGUAAUACUUUGAACAUUGCAAAUACAUGUAUAAUGACUGGAAACUUAUAUAAACAUGCUUUUUAAUCCGAUUGUCAAAACUUGACAAAAGAAAGACUGAAAUUGGGAAAACACAAGGACAUUUUUCAAUUGGGAAUUGGUCCCUGUAUCCGACCCUAUAAACACCUGGCAAAAACCCUGGUACUUAUUCCUUUUAUGAUUUUGAUCUCAAAUAGUAUGAUACCGGUAUGUACUGUUUAUGAUCUCUUGUAUACCAUUAGCUUUAAAUUAUAAAUCAUCUUAAAGGGUAUAUUUUUAUUUACUGUAAAUGGGUAUAUUUGCAUGCUUAAGCAUUUUUCAAGAUUUCAAUGUGAAGUACAUGUGUGAAUAUUGUUCUUUCAUGCUUGAUGUUAAAUGUAUAUAUGUAAGUGUAGGCUGUAUAAUUAUGCCGUCACAAUCGUUUAUGUUGAUUUGGUUAAGCUGUUGUUUGUACACUGUAAAUCUGAUCAUUUAAAUUUUACAAUGGUAUAAGUCUGUGAUUUAAUUCUUUCUGUUGAAAACUGCUGUUUUUAUGUGCGAAUGAUUAGCUUUCACUAAUAUCUGAUUUGUUUUAUUACUCAAGACUAAUUCUGAUUUUAAAGUAAAAUUAUUGCUAGCUUUGCUUUCACAGACAACUGAUUUCUGGUAUUACUCGGGAUAACUCCGAUUUUAAUGUACUUAACAGAAAUUAACGAUACCUCAUUCAAUCAUUUUACUUGAUGUUAAAGUAUCCACGGAAACCUUUCCUGUAAAAAUAAAUGAAAUCCAUGAAAUGUCUUGAUCUGCUUGCUAGAGCAAUGUGGCGGAUAUUUUUCACUUUCCAGACUAUACCUCUAAGGAAACAGUGCAAUGGACCAAAGCAUUGUGUCAAAGUGGAAAACAGUGGGGUUGAGUGCAAACCAUGUAUGAUCGAUUGUCAUUAUAUAGUGUAAUACAUUUAAUACUGUGAUGAUUGUUGAUUCAGUUUUAUUAGUCAAUAAACAGAUAACAACAAAAACAAGUAAAUGAUACGGGCCCAAUAGGCCUCUUGUCCAAGGUCUCAUUUUUUCAAGUCAUUUUCAAUGGAGAGAAAUAGAAGAAAAAUGACACUUAUCAGCAUUAUAAUGAUAUUGUUGGUUUUGUGGCAGAUAUUUAAUACAUGUAAAUAGUUUUAUUUGCCUAUUUUUUGUACGAUUCUACAGUACAAUUUAGUCACAAUAUUAAAUGAUAUUUUUGAUUUGUGUAAUGCUCACUACAUUUUAACAUAUUUUGUUCAGUAAUAGGUCUCAAAAAGGACAUUCACAAUAUAUGUUCAGACUUCAAUAUUCCAUCUUUGCGUAUUGCAGAGUUAUCUUCUCUUGUGAGCAGGUAUUUAUUGUUACGUCCUUGG